GAGAGCGAAACACGACACCCCGACAGAGGAAGGGGGGGUUGAGAGAACACGAAGUGAGUGAGUGAGUGGAAAAAGAAAAAGUCCGUGCCGGAGAAAGAGAGGCGCAGAGAAAGAGCAGAAAGAGUUCGCUUUGAGCUUUUUUGUUCCUGACACAGGCUCCAAUGUGGGUGAGGAUGAUGAUGUGGAGGAAGAGUCGACCACGCGACAACGUUACAACAAGCGGGAUGAAGAUUUAGUCGUUGCAUUCCGUUGCUCCAGCACCGACAAACGGCAGCACGAUUCCUCCAAACUUCGACCUGCGCCAUUCAGACCCGGGCGACUGGAUUUCCCCCCAGAGACUCCGGACAACUUUUUUCUCAUCACAGCCCCCGUACUUUCAAACUAAAACUUAGGUUUCAAACUUUUCCACCGCGCGCUAGUGAGCCGAGUUAAAACACUGGCGCUUAUGCAAAGUUAGCGGAUGUUUUUUGAACUUUUGAGCCGCCCGGGGAGGCUCUUUCUAAGAAGCCACUUGUGAGAACAACACCGGAGGAAAGAGUGGGGUGUCACUGCUAACUUCGCUAGCUAACUUUGCUAACGGCUGGCUAACUAGAGUCUAAAGUUACAAGCCGACGGAGAAAGUGUCUGAAGCAGCCCUCAGAAGACGACAACGAAGAUGAAAACCCCGGGGGACUCGGGGUUUGCCUUCCCAGAAUGGGCGUACAAGCCUGAGUCGAGCCCGGGCUCCAGACAGAUCCAGCUGUGGCACUUCAUUCUGGAGCUGCUGAGGAAAGAGGAGUACCAUGACGUCAUCGCCUGGCAGGGAGACUACGGCGAGUUUGUCAUCAAGGACCCAGACGAGGUGGCCCGACUGUGGGGGGCCAGGAAGUGUAAACCGCAGAUGAACUAUGACAAGCUCAGUCGAGCACUAAGAUACUACUACAACAAGAGGAUCCUGCACAAGACUAAAGGGAAGAGAUUCACCUACAAGUUCAACUUCAACAAACUCGUGCUGGUUAAUUACCCCUUCAUCGAUAUGGGCUCUGGUCGAGGAGUCCCUCAGAGCGCCCCACCAGUACCAACAGGGGGCACUCAUUUCCGUUUCCCCCCCUCCACACCGUCAGACGUUCUCUCCUCAAGCGAGGAGCUUCGAAGCCCCGGUAUGUUCAGCAGUGUGGCUCGCCGCAUGGCCCGCGGCUCUGUGAGCGACUGCAGUGAUGGCACCUCCACCAACUCUGAACUAGAGGAAGCUGUUGGAGCUGAUGAGCGGGGCGUGGGGCCUGACAGAGCCUUCAGGGGCCUCCUGCCUCCCCGCCUGCCUCAUGAUUCUCUCUUCAGAGUUUACGGUGGGGCCCCCAACCCAGCAGGGCUCCCCAGGCCUGCCCCUAGGGUCCACCCAGAGCCCCUGUCUCCAUUCCCUGUCUCCCCCCUGCCUGGCCCUGGAGGUCUCCUAGCCCCAACUCUGUCCCCAGCUCUGUCCAUGACCCCCACCCCUCACCUCUCCUACACCCCCUCCCCCUCCCUGUCCUCUCCCAUGAUGGGUUCCCACUUCUCUUUCAACCCAGAGGACAUGAAGCACUACCUGCAGGCCCACACCCAGUCCGUCUACAACUACCACCUCAGUCCGCGAGCCUUCCUCCACUACCCCAACAUCGUCAUCCCGCAGCCUCACCGCCCCACCCUGGAGAAGCCGGCCGCCCAUCACCUCCACGGCCCGCCCCUGCCACUCUCGCAUUCGCUCAGCCAGCAGCAGGGAGUCGGAGAGGACGGACAGCAGCACCCAUCGCCAUUCAAGUUCAAGCUGCAGCCGCCUCCACUGGGGCGCAAACAGAGAGAAUCAGGAAGCUCAUUGGCUGCUUCUUCUUCAUCCUCCAGCCAGUCCUCCUCAUUCUCAGGGUCGGCUCAUAUAAACAACGCAGGGCCUCCGAAGAUUAAGGUGGAGCCCAUAUCAGAUAUUGAGUCAGAAGAAGAGGUGGAGGUCACCGACAUCAGCGAGGAAGACGAGCUCAAUCACAUUGAUGAUGACGAAGAAGGUGACAUCUUCACACCGACACCUCGUCACAAUCAUCAUCAGCUCAACAACCACCAUCAAGCGAAUGGAAACGGGAGCAGCCUCUCUGCCCCCCCACAAAGCAGCCCAGAGGAAGACCCCGAUGACGAUGAGGACGUCUUUAAGACUCCCGCAACUCCUCCCAUCGGUAGCAGCGGCCUGACCUUCCCUCUCCUCAGCCUGAAGAGCGAACCUGGUCAGAUGGCUCCCAUCAGCCCUGGGGGCACACGCUGCAUCCCGCUCAAGCUGCGCUUUAAGCGCCGCUGGAGCGAGGACCAAAAGAUGGAGGCUGACGGAGAGAGGGAUGAGGCAGAGGACAAGAAAGUGAGGGCUGACGGAGAGGAGGAGAUGGAGGAGAAGAGAGAGGAGGCAGGCAGGAGAGGGGAGGAGAUGGAGAACGGGAAAGGAGGAAGGGGAGGAGGUGUUAUUUUGGGGUUGAUGCUCCCGCCACCUCCCACCCAGCGCAGAGCGAGUUCAGAGCUGCAGCGAGCUACAGCACAGCUGUCUCUGGAAAACACCGGCUGCUGAGUGGAUCCACGCACAUACAGAGGAUCCUUUUAAAAUACCAACACACAGUUUCUAAAACUUACAGGUAAACUUAUGUUGACCAUAAUGCCAGGUAGCUUUUUAUGGCCACCAAAACAUGCUCUGGUUCGACACAGUAACAGAAAGCCAGUGUUCCUCUGUUUUUAUUGGAAUAUUUCAAUGUAUUUAUGUAGGGCAUUGUGUUUUUGUGCAAUAAUGUCAGAAGGUUUCGGGGCACAGUCUUUGCAUAUGAUUUCACAGAAACAACAAUCUGCUCCCUAAAUACAUUGCAUCUGUUGCAGAGGUUUAGUAAAACAAACAUGACGAUGUUUUCUGCAGCAUGAGCAGCUUUUACUAUGUUCCGAAAGAAGCCACACUGCAUUAUGGUCGAUGUAAAACCAUAAAACAUAAAUGUGCCUAUUUAGCCUCCAAUGUACCGGACACAAUGUGCGCCUAUUUCCCUCUUAAACAUGAACACAGCAGCAGAGUACCUUUUUUUUUUUACAUUAGGCCUCUUUAAGAGUAUGAGACAGUUCCUAACAUCUUUUAAGCAUAGCACAUUGCCUUUAAAAUGCCUCCUCACUCUCAUCGUGCCAGUUAUGCCAUAAAACUCUUCACCUGUGUGCCCCAGGUUAUGUCUUUAGAGGGUCUGUUGUUUAUCUAGUACAGCCAAACAACCCCUCUAAAGAGGAAAGAGGCAGUCUCACUUGUACAGCAGUAGAUUUAAUUAAUUAUUCCACCACAUCUGGCUUAUUUGAAGUUGGUAAGCCCCCCCCCCCCCCCCCAUUAUGUCCUCAUUUGUACUCACAUAACAGACUGAUCCUUAUGUUACUAAAAACUUUGAACAGCCCUGAUAGAGAUUACAGAAGUGCCUCUCUGUCUGCACCCAUCACCAUGCAGUCGUUUACAAGAUGGAGGGAAGUAGGAAAAAAAAACUUGCUCCGAUGAAUCUUAAAGGCUGAAGAGGGAUGUUUUUUCUCCUUUCAAGAGGUGAUAAGAAAGAACUCUUCAAUCACAAUCUUUUCCCCAGGAACUAGCUUGGACACUACAGAACUGCUUUGUGAGCGGGCCUUUCAUCCUCAGCUCAUCACUACAAUGUAAAAAAAGACUUAAAAAGAGGAUAAGAUCCUAAGAACAGUCAAAGUCUGAGAUGAAGAAGAUUUUGAUGAACUCUGUCCUCACACAGCGUUGAAAGACUUUCAUAGACUGAGAAUUCAACAUGGUUUCCACUGUACAGAAAAAAACAGCUGGCUUUCUGAGGAAAAGCUGGAUCUUUCGUUACUUUUCUCAUCACUUGUAGAGGAAACGAGGAAGCAGCUUUUUGCAAGGCUGUAAUUACACACACUUGUCUCUGGAUUUGUGUGCGUGGACCCACAGCCUCGAGGAUACAGAGGGCGUCCCUGCUUGACUCCGCACAAUCUCAGAGGGGUAAUCGUGGUGUUUUCCCCCCUCACACAUACAGAUCAACAGCUCUCUUCUGCAUUCCCCCUGUUUAUUUUUUUAUUGUUUUUGAUGCUUGUGCCUCAUACAGACUUGGACAGUAUUUUUGGGCAUUUGCAGUGAUUUAAGGACUUUUAAUCUGUUUAUGUGAUGUUUCGAAGAAGAGACAAUUGAGAGGAACCAUGUAAUGAAUGUGGAGCAUCAAGGUUAACUCAGGCAAAAUCUUUACUGAGAUAUCAAGAAACAAACUUAUUUUUACAAUGGUGUUUUAUUCUUUUGGUUUAACAUAAAAAAGCCCAUUUUAACGAACAAAGAUGAAUAAGAUUGUGCCUUUUUCUAAGCCAACAUUAGUUUUAUGAAACACCCCCAGUGAAAUGUUUAUCACACUCACACAAAACCAACAUGCCUUCAGCUUUUUGUAAGAGAGAUACAGAAAAAGUAAAUCUACACAUAUAUAUUUUAUUCAAAUAUAUAUUGAAUUCAAAUAUUAUAUUUCAAUAUGGUCAUUUGAUACAAAUCAGAGGAGAAUCCUACUAUUUUUAAUGGUAAAGAUGUGUAUAUAUUCUAAUGGGCAUAUUAUAAUUACCAGUAUAAUUCAGCCUUUGCCUUCUCACCCUUGCCUUCUCUUGACCGUUGAGCUGCAGUGACAAAAGCCCACCGCUGUCAGAGUUUUAUAUUUAUAUUGUUAAAAUAAAAAAAAAAAAACAGUUAUUGUGUAUUCAGGGGAUGGAGGGGAAAAAAAGCCGUGGGUUGAGUUUACCUUGUUGGGAGGUGUUUGAUUCUGCAUACCUUAAAUAGCAGCCGGAUGGGGUUUACAAAGUCACAAACAGGGGAGCCACACUUUUUGUCCAAAUCAAACUAGUAAACCCCACCCAACUGCAACAGUUAAACACAAUCUGCUCAGAAACAAUGGCAGCACAGGUUGUAACGGGAUGCCGGUACUUAGCUCAGGGCACACUGAUUCUGAUUGGACAACACAGACGAGUUAGAGGGCCACAGCAGCUGAUAAGACCAGGCAUAAGAGCGUGGACUCUGCUCUCAGUUCAUGCUCUGUGAGUGUGCAUGGGCCAGCCUGAACCCUGCCCACAUGCUCGCACACGCCAUCCUGGUUAGAGCGAAGCUUUACUGUGGCUAGAAGAAAGGGAAACAUGACAUCACAAGUGACAUCAGACGCCCCCACAGUCUCCGGCAUAGACAGCAAACUGUAGAAGCUACACACAUUUAAAGACACACUCUCAGAGGAAAUUACAUCACAAAACCUCUGUGGAGAGAGAGGGACUUCCCAUGAUCUGACUCGCUCAUUUUGAACAGUGUUAGUGCGCUUGUGUCUGAGAGUGUGGUUUUCAUGGUUGUAGCACUCUACGCAUACACAUCUAAUUAUUUAAUACUGUUUGAAAGGCCACAUGGUAUAUAUAGUCUGUGCCUGGGUUGCUUAGUCUCAAAUUUAUCCUCCAACCAACUCGUCGUGUUUGUAAAUUAAACACACAGCCACUUUAAAGAAGUUCUGUCCUCACUAGGGACAAAAACUUGACCCUCCUAGUAUGGGUGUUUUUCCUGCCUCCUCUAUCUGACGGUAAACUUUAGGGACAUAAAUAAGUCACUGAGCUGUACCGGAACGUUACACUUGCGCUGCUUUACCUGUUGUGGCUUCUAAAACUCAAAGAGAGGGAGAGAGAUUCAGUUUUCCUGCUCGGUUGAUAUUUCAACCUCAGACAUUGUUCUUAACAUGUUCUCCUGUAUUUUUCACACAUAUUACUGUUACUCUUGUAAUUAUUAUAUUAUUAACUUGAGUAUUUUUUUGAUUCUUUUGUAUCCUCUUGCCAUGGCCCCUGCUCUCCUCUCCACGAAUUCCUGUUUUUUUGUGAGUUAUUGUUCCACUUUGCACUCUUUUCCCAUGAACUUCAACCAGUUGGCUCCAGUGCAGUCUUUUUAUUUUAUUUUAAUUUUUGUACUCAUGCUGAUUUUAUAACCAUGUUACCAUGGACAAGAGGAGGGUCACAUAAUCCCCACAUGAUAUACAGCAGGGGAAAAAACAUUUGUUUUCAUUUUUUGAUGUUGUGUAUAUAUAUAUUUUUUUCCAAUUUUGGAGGAAUCUGUAAGAAAAAGAGCUUUGUACCGUUUAACCAUUGUAUUGUUUGAGAAGUCCUCUCUCCGGUCCUCUCUGUCUCUCCUCUCUCGUCCGCCUCGACGGUGAGCUGUCACUCCAGAGGAGAGACUGAGACUUCUUGUUUUUAUCACGGAGGAACCACCUGUACUUAUGUUUCUCUUCUAUCUGUUCAUCUUCAUUUGUAAUUAAACAAUAAUCAGGGUUCAUUAAAAAAGGUUA